CGUGGUAAAUAUCGCGUGGAGGAAGGAAAAAACUCUGAAGCCCCGCCCAGAAUACAUCAUCCACCCACACUAGUGGCCAACAACAUCUGGGCGGGCGAGGGAAGUUUUACUGUCAAAAGUACACACUAGGCACGAUCAACUUUUGCACAGUCCUAAGUCCAAUGGUCCAAAUUAAGUAGUACUUUAUUAUUUAACCGCACUGCACUUUCUGCACAAUGCACCACCGUGCAUGACUGCAGACCGAGCCCUGGCGCCACACAAGUCGAUCCGAUCAGAUCAAAUAAGUGAGGCUAGGCUAACGCAACCAUGUCUGGAGGACCAGUGUUUGUGAACCCCUUCCAUAGACCUCAGUGUCUGGCUGCUGCUGCUCCAUCGGGGAAAGCCAAACUCACACACCCCGGCAAAGCAAUCCUGGCAGGCGGUAUCGCUGGUGGCAUCGAGAUCUGCAUAACCUUCCCGACAGAGUAUGUGAAAACACAACUCCAGCUGGACGAGAAGGCCAACCCGCCCAAGUAUAGAGGCAUCGGCGACUGUGUGGGGCAAACGGUCAAGGGCCAUGGGGUGAGGGGUCUGUACCGAGGCCUGAGCUCGCUGCUCUAUGGCUCCAUCCCAAAAGCUGCUGUCAGGUUCGGAGUGUUUGAGCUCCUGAGCAAUAAGAUGCGUGAUGAGAACGGGAAGCUGGACAGCAUGCGGGGCCUGCUGUGUGGGCUUGGGGCCGGGGUGGCCGAGGCGGUGGUGGUUGUGUGUCCCAUGGAGACCGUGAAGGUAAAAUUCAUCCAUGACCAGUCGUCCGCCAACCCAAAGUACAGGGGCUUCUUCCACGGGGUCCGGGAGAUCAUCAGAGUUGAUGGGCUGAAGGGGACAUACCAGGGGCUGACAGCAACAGUGUUAAAGCAGGGCUCCAACCAGGCCAUCCGCUUCUAUGUGAUGACCUCCAUGAGGAACUGGUACAAAGGGGACGACCCCAACAAGGCCAUCAACCCUCUCAUAACUGGAACAUUUGGAGCCUUCGCUGGCGCUGUCAGUGUGUUCGGAAACACUCCGCUGGACGUCAUUAAGACCAGGAUGCAGGGCCUGGAAGCUCACAAGUACAAGAGCACGAUGGACUGUGCCGUCAAAAUCAUGAAGCAUGAAGGACCCAAGGCGUUCUACAAAGGUACCGUUCCUCGCCUGGGCCGCGUGUGUAUGGACGUUGCCAUUGUCUUCAUCAUCUAUGAGGAAGUCGUGAAGGCUCUAAACAAGGUCUGGAUCACGGACUGAACCCUCCCAACUAACUUCCAAAGAGAUAGACCCGGCAUGAGGGGAAGGAGAGACGAGAUUAGGCCUUAUAUAGCACCUCAACCAGGCCUUGGAUACGAUACUCCCCUUUGGGUUUUACUAUCUACCUCUGUGAGAUCCAUGCAUUGAUGAAUGAUGUCUUUGUCAUAGAUAUUAAAGACAAAACAGCUCUAAUAAUAUUAAUAAUAAGGAUUUUUGAAUAUUACAUAUAUCUCAAAUUCCAAAAGGAGUUUUUUUAAGAGCUCAGGGAAAAGUGCGAAGCAGUUAUUUAGCUAAAUGCUUGAUCUGGGGGGUUGGAAACACAGUUCUAAUGGGGCUUUAGAAAGUUUAUUUCUAGUUAUGUUCUUUCAUGUACUUAAAAAAUAACACAACUAAAUAUUGUUUGAAAAUUAGAAUGUCACCAAAAGCCCAUAAUUUUUAAGAGAUUUAGAUACAAAUGUUUUUUUGGUUCCAGUUUUUGUCAAAAGUAUUUGAGACAUACUUUUCUUUUAAUAGUUGCAACACUGGUGCGUCAAGUCAUAUGUUUUUUACAGAGGUGAAAACGUAUGGAGAUAGAUAUAAUUUAAUCCUAUUUGAUUGAUGAAUGAAAAUGAACAUCUACAUGCCUUGCCUUAACUAAUUGCUGUCACCGUCAUGACAAUAGUCAUUGUUAACACAUGUAAUUAUCACUGAUUGUAGUCAUGAAAUGUAUGUUUUUUUUUUAUUGCCUUGGUACCAUUUAGAGAAGUAUACAAGUUCACUGUAAUAUAGUAGGGAAGGGGAAUAACUGUAGAUUGUUGAAUGUUUAGAGUCAUGCUUUGAACAAGUGCCUGUGUAAGACAUGAAGGGGUAAUAAUGAAAAUGUGUAAUUAUUAAUAAAUUAAUUGUUAGAAAUGAUCAGAUUUUUCUAAUUAAUUAAAUAAUGUUACAUGCAGUGCAGAUGUAGAUGCUAUCCAGCACCUUCAUUGUCCGUUAAGUUAUGUUUGUUUUGGUUUGUCAAAUCGGAUUCGACCUGAUUUGAACAGAUUUUCUUGUGAACAUUUGUAUUUAUGGCAUGAAUGCAAUGUUGUGACAUGAAUGUGUCUGCAUUUCCAGACCAUCUACAGCAUAAGAGGAUGAUUAAAAUACCUGUCAGAA